GGCUUUGAGCUAGCUCCUUUUUUUACUGAGGAGGAAACCUGUUUUGAUUUAAGAAGAACAUUAGGUUCGCAGCUUUACAUUUCAGUUUCUUAGGCAAAACAUCAAGUUAGCGUCACGUUACGAAAGCAAAACGGGGCCAUCAGCGCCAUUUUAUGCGGGUCGCGUCUACGUCUCGCAUCGAAGAAAAUGGCGGAACCAGAAUAGAGCCCAUAUCCGCGUCAAAACUACUCUUAAUGAUCGAGUACAGAGCGCUUGCGUUCGCGUUGCUGUAGGUGGUAUGAACAAAUGUGCCAACCAUAGAGAGAGGUCCCAACCCAGAGCCACGACGUUGACGACGUCAUGGAGCGGCCACAGUGGCCACGUCCAAGCCAACUCGAUUGCGCUUGCCACGCGACAGAUCUCGCGGUUUUCCACGAGAGCCUGAUUAGCACCUACCGAUCUGCCUGCUACUGCUGCCGUGUCCUCAUGCUGACGGAACUAGUGCAGUGAUUAAAACUGACACGAAUAGGAGCUGCCAGAAUGCCAGUGUCGCCGACACCAAGGAAGACGGCUGGGAUGCUAAAGGCCGUAAUUCUAAUCGGAGGACCCCAAAAGGGCACCCGGUUCCGACCGCUGUCGUUCGACAUCCCAAAGCCGCUAUUCCCGGUGGCUGGUCGCCCGAUGAUGCAACACUUAGUCGAAGCAUGCUGUGGCCUGUCAGGCGUGCGCGAGAUUCUGCUCAUUGGGUUCUACCCGGCCGAUGAUGCGGACCUGACGGGGUUCGUGAAGAGUGCCACCCGCGAGUACGGCAUGCCAGUGCGCUACCUCCAGGAGUACGCGGCACUAGGCACGGCUGGUGGCAUCCACCACUUCCGCGACCAGAUUCGCCGAGGCGACCCAGAGGCCUUUCUGCUGAUCCACGGUGAUGUGUGCGGUCACUUUCCGUUGCCAGAAAUGUUAGAGUUCCACCGGUCGCUGCCCACAAGCAACCUGGUCACCGUGCUGGCCACCGAGGCAACGCGCCAACAGUCACUGAGCUAUGGCUGCAUAGUGGAGGACAAGGCGACGCAUCAGGUGCUACACUACGUGGAAAAGCCGUCCACGUUCGUCAGCGCCGUCAUAAACUGUGGCGUCUACCUGUGCAGCCCAGACGUGUUUCAAAGGACCGGGGCAGCACUGCGCGACCGGCACGCGCGAGAAGGUGACAGCCUGGACGCGCUCAGUCUGGAGCACGACGUGCUGGCGCCGCUGGCCGCCGCCGGCCGACAGCUGCACGUCUUUCAGACUAGUCGCUGGUGGAGUCAGCUCAAGACGGCCGGCUCGGCCAUCUACGCCAACCGACAUUACCUCGAGCUGUACCGCCUCGAGCACCCGGAGCGUCUGGCACGUCCAGGGCCCAACGGGCCCACCAUAUUUGGUGACGUGUUCGUGCACCCAUCGGCAUGCGUGGACCCUAGCGCCACACUCGGGCCUAAUGUGUCCGUCGGACCCGGGGCGCGCAUUGGCGCCGGUGUACGCAUCCGUGAGUCAUUGGUGCUUGCUAACGCCACCGUCAGCGACCACGCUCUUGUUCUUCAUUCCAUCGUGGGUCUCGACAGCUCGGUUGGUGCCUGGAGUCGUGUGGAAGGCACACCCUGCGACCCCAACCCGGACCGGCCCUUUGCCAAAAUGGAAAAUGUGCCCUUAUUCAAUGCUGAUGGCCGUCUGAACCCUUCAAUCACGGUGCUCGGCUGUCAUGUCACUGUGCCUGCUGAAGUCAUUGUACUCAAUUCCAUUGUACUGCCUCACAAGGACCUGGCACAAAGCUACAAGAAUGAGAUAAUUCUUUAAGAGCAAGCCUGUAAUGGAGGAGGCACACCUGUUAAUGACAACAUAAUCGGCAUGGAAAAAAGGGGAGAAAGAGGAAACAUUUCUAUAACUUCCAAUAAAAGAUUUGAAGAGUGCAUUAACGGCUCAAGAAGCAACAGUGCAUGAGAGAGAUGUUUGCUUGUGCAAGGGCCUGAAAUACUAAUUUCUUUCACUGGAUAAAUGUCCUUAUACAUG